AUGUCGGACUUGCGCCGGUCAGCUACCGAGGUCAAGCGCGACCAUGACCACAAGGCCAAAUGGGCACACGGUGCGCGUCAAUACGGACAAGAGACUGCACUCUUCGAUAAAUGGACCAUAGACUCUGCCGGUCCGGUACGACUACGUCCUGUGGCUCCUGCCUCUUCUGCUACGCAAUCAGUCCUGAAACGCUACAACGAGUCAACCCUCCGCUCGGCCCGUCACGCAAACAACACUUAUUUCCGGAACGAUGUCAAGGAGGCGCUCAGCAGCGACUCUUCAUCCGACGAGACAACCGUCGCGCACGAGAGCUUCGCUCCGGAGUCGUUGCUAGUCCUCGACGAUAUCCCUGCAUAUGCCAUCUCGGGCAACACUGUCCUCGCGACGGCUGUGUCCAAGGCCGAAGUCAAGUACGAGAACAAAGUGACCGAAAAACUGGCCAAGGAGUACGAGUUUGUCUCGCGCGAAGACGACAAUGCCACCGGCUAUACGGCCGAUGUCGAUGACUUUGAGAUUAUCGAGCACGACAGUGCAUAA